GUUCUGUGUUUCCCCUCUUCUCUCCAACUUUUCAUUUCCUGCCUUGCUUUUCUAUAACACAUUCCUGUCCUCCCCUGUCGUCGUCCUCCCCCCAUCCUGUGACUUCUCUUUGGGCUAUAAAUCCAUGAUUUGCACAUCAGGUCUGUUCCUUGGCUUUGGGGGAUGUUAGAGGGUAGGCAGCAGUGCGGGUGGGACGUGUACAGCUGAAGCCCUGCAAAGAAAAGUGGAAGAAGCAGCUUCAAAAGACAAAGGAAAGUCCUAUCUACACAGCAACAAGAGUGACAGCUCAGGAACCACAGAACAACAUGAAGCUUUCUCAGGCCUCUUCAUUCCUGCCCAUCUCUCUGUUCCUCCUUCCCCUUCUUCAGCUGCCAACGUUGCAAGGACAGGCCAUCAACACAGCUCAGCAACCACAACCAUGUGGAGAAGAUUCCUUUCCACUUGACUGUGAGGAUAUAUAUGAUCAAGGCUCAGAGACAGAUGGCGUGUACCUCAUCUUUCCAGCAGGUCCCAGCGUCCCUGUUCCUGUGUACUGUGACAUGACCACUGAUGAUGGAAAAUGGACGGUUUUCCAGAAACGCUUCAAUGGGUCAAUCAGUUUCUUUCGAGGAUGGAAUGACUACAGGUUUGGCUUUGGCAGAGCAGACAAUGAAUAUUGGCUCGGAUUGCAAAAUAUCCACCUCCUGACCCUGAAGCAGAAAUAUGAGCUACGUGUGGAGCUGGAGGACUUCGAGAAUAAUACAGCCUUUGCCAAAUAUGCUGACUUCUCACUUUCUCCGAAUGCAAUCAGUGCAGAGGAAGAUGGCUACACGCUCCAUGUAUCUGGCUUUACUGAUGGAGGGGCAGGAGAUUCAUUGUCCUAUCACAGUGGCCAGAAGUUCUCCACAUUUGACCGUGACCAAGACCUUUAUGUGCAGAACUGUGCAGCCCUCUCAUCAGGUGCUUGGUGGUUCAAGAGCUGCCAUUUUUCCAACCUCAAUGGCUUCUACCUUGGUGGACCCCAUCUGUCCUAUGCUAAUGGCAUUAACUGGUACCAGUGGAAAGGCUUCUACUAUUCUCUCAAGAGAAGUGAAAUGAAAAUACGUCGUGUUUGAGACCCAAGGCAUCUGGUGGCUCUUCCCAUUCUACUCUACAAGCCACUGGAAUCUUGAUGUAAAAUGAAUUUCCAAUUAUUAAUGUAUUUCAUUAUUUUGGCUCUAUUUUCCUACCAUUAGCAUGCAGCCUCCACCAAAUUAUCCCUCGGAGAACACAGCUCUCAAUAAAGAUACCCAUUUCUCAGGCCCUGCAUUAUUGGGAUCCAACACUACUGGACAGUCACUGAUGCCCCAUGCUGUCAGGGAUGCCACGAAUUACAACUAUUAUGGUAGCCACUAAUCUCCCUGCUCUUCCAGGAAACCCAGGCUUGUUUCAUCAUCAGCAAUAUUUCUGUUCAUGGAUUCAUAAGCCCAGCUCACCUCCUUCUAUUGGGUGUCUGCCAUUUUAAUGUCCCAAAAUGAAAUGCCCAAGACCAAGCACUGCAUUGGGAACAUAUCAGAAAUAGACCCCAUCUCUCUUCUAGCUGACUGCUCCUCUGCAGCAAUCCAGCAGGAAAAAAAUGGAGGAAGCUGGUAGUGGUUACAGUAGUAUCCCAGGCUAAUCUGCCUGCCUGAAUUGAUGAAACUGAGGCACAGUGUAUUGAGAGAACUGGGAGAAUGGUUCAUCUAAGCCAGGUUCCUGCCUGUCCCCACUCCCAGACCUAGAUAAAUCCUCCAGCAAAGAAUUUGUAAUGCUCAAAACUACAGUGACCAGAGGAUUUAGGACAGAACUCAGGAAUCUCUUAAAAAUGUUCAGAGAAGAUGUAUCCAGUCAGAAGUUUCUGGCAAAGUUUGAUAUGUUUCCACUUAAACUACAAAUGAAACAAUCAUGGGAACAAGUAUUGUAAGGUCCAGGGAAAAAGUUCCCAACCAAAGGAUGGUGACAGCAAUUAUCCUCUUUAUAUCUCUUUGUUUUUUUAGUUUUAAAAUGAAAGCCCAUUCUCCAAAGAUGGACAAUUGAGAGAUCAGUACAACUGUUAACAGUAGAAAGGCUUUUAAGGCCACCCUUUCUGGGUCAAGUCCGACACCUGUACAUCUACCCAAUCAUCAAAUUGUUUCUACAGCAUCUGUCUGGACAGUGACACGGUCCAAGUUCUAAAGUAAAAGUCUGAAGAUGGAAAU